AGACGAACAAGUGAAAGGGCACACUCAGGACUGAGAGUACUCAAUACUUUUUGUCCAUCCGCUGCCCACGAAAACAACUCAUCGUCUGGUCCGUUUACCGCAGUCGCGUACGCCUUUACCCGCCACUCAUCAAGGACGAUAUCAUUCGUUCGGCACAGUACUUAGUAUGAUGUCAUCCCAAAUACCGCAAUGCUCGCGAAUGAGGGAACUCGAUUCUCAUUGAAAGAAGAUACCAGCAACUGGCAAGCUGAAGUUACUGGAUGUGGUCAAUCUCAGACUGCUCAUCCACUCCGCCGAUAGCUUCGAGUGGGGGAACAGGAAUCUCUUGGAUUGCCUGUAGCCACAAAUUGUUGGAAAGGGCCACUUCUUUGUCGGUAUACAGGGUCAAAUUUCCGCACUCAAUUGUCUUUGCCUGCAUUGUCCAGAUGAGCGGCUGUGAUGAUCAAAGGCCUUUCAACCAAAGGAACAUGGGUAGAUCAGUCGAACAUUCAUAACCUGUGGUAACCCAACAAUGGAAGUGAUUCAGUAACAAUGGUCUUGUCUUAGGUACGCAUCCUUCAGUCUAUAUAAUGCCGUUUUUUUUGCUCACUGAGAUAUCACUCUACAUCUCAAACCAUUAAAACCAACCAACCCGCAGCGUAAUAGCGUGCACCACACAACUUAUCAUAACUACCCCAGCUAAACAGAAACCAUGUGCGGCAUCAAACAAAUCGUCGACCAGUGCAGAACCUGCUACGGUAUCAUCUCCAAAGAAGAGAUCCCCACCAUAUGCCACAAGAGAACGUGGACGCUCCCAGAAACCUUCGGACACGCAAAGGCAUACUGCCCAGACCAAGAAAGAGUAUACCUCGACAAGAAGCCGAGAAUCAACCAGUGCCCGCGAUCAGGGAGCAGUCUGGGCACUCGCUCGCUGUCGCACGGUCUGGAUCAAACCCGAUCGACGAGCCCUUGGCAGAACGCCAGUGUCCUCAAUUUGCCGGCUGAGAAGGAGCCAAAAAGCGUGGCUGGGAAGGUGAAGGGGUUCUUUGGUAAGUGUCUUUCCAAGGUGAUUCCUGGGUUCGGUAGGUCCUCGCAGUCUCCUUCGUCUUGGGCGGCUCUCGAUCAAUGGGAGGAUGUGUGUGGUGAUGAGGACAGUACGGACAAGAAGAAGAAAAAGAAGAAGACUGCAUCUAUACCGACAGUGACGAGGGUGUAG